AUGGGCGACGGUCACAAGCAGCUGUUAGCAUCUCCAGAGCUCGGCCUGGGUGGGAGCCAAGUUUUCGUCCUCAUCACUCGGAGGCUCCCAGCCUGGAAGAGGACCCAAGAAGCCGUGAAUUCAGAGAAGGAGCAGCCCCAAUGUCUCCUGCUCCUGCUCUCCCUGCUGUCCUACCCCUCAGCCCGUGCUGGUGAGUGGAGGAAGCCAUGGGCUGCAGGGGCGCUGAGCCACAAAGCCAAACUGAAUAAAUACGUCCAGGUGAUCCCCCUGCCCAAGAGCAGCAGCGACAUCCCCGCGGACACCAAGUGCAUCGUGUCGGCAUGGGGCUACAUUGACAAAGAGGUAGCGAUGGACAAGCUCUUCGAGACCAAUGCCACUGUCCUGAGCCAGAGGAAAUGUCUCCUAUCCUACCCAGAGCUCAGCGACGGCAUGGUCUGUGCGGCCAGCUACCAUAGGCGCACUGACGUCAACUACGGGGACUCCAGUGGCCCUUUGGUCUGCAACGGGGCGGCCCAGGGGAUUGUCUCCUAUGGUUUCCAGUUCCCUCCCUCGGUGUACACUCACAUCGCCCACUACCUGCCCUGGAUUCGAAAGACCAUGGGGCAGUGA